AACCCAACCUUUUAAAAAGCAUAUAGAAAUGAUCAGAACGCAAAGAGCAAAAUCAAAAUCCCAAAAAAUUAGAAUUUUGCAGAGAGAAAAAAUUGUUUUUUUGUUUUUUGAUUUUGAUUUUUUUUGUUGAAAUUUUGAUGGCAAGCAACAGAAGCUAUUACUCGAGAUUUCUAUCGAGCGAUCAACAACUCCAAGCAAUGUUGAGUCGAGACUCGGUGGGAUUCGAGUUAGACGAGUCGGACAUCUAUAACCACACGGUCACGGCACGCUCCGACUCUCCCGAGUUUCGCUCCAGUCGAGUGACGAAAAAGCCGUCAACCAUGCGCGGCGGCGGGGAAUCUCGUGUAGGAGGUACACCGGCGUCGCUGCCGGUUAACGUACCGGACUGGUCUAAGAUCUUGAGGGAAGAGUAUAGGGGAAAUCGGAUAAGAUCGGAGAGAAACGAAGACGACGAUGACGUGGAAGGCGAUGAUUGGUUGGAAGGAGGUGUUAGGAUUCCACCUCACGAAUUUUUGGCGAAGCAAAUGGCGAGGACAAGGAUCGCAUCGUACUCACUUCAUGAAGGUAGAGGAAGGACCUUGAAAGGAAGAGAUCUGAGAAGGGUCCGAAAUGCAAUUUUCGAAAAAACCGGGUUCCAAGACUAAAGUUAUACCAAAAAAGAGUGAGAAUUUUGAUUUCUCGUUACAAAAAUUUUCCUCGAGUUUUGUUUUAAUUUUAAUUUACUCCUCCUUUUGCAACUUUGAUUCGAUUCAAGAGAUCAUUUUCUUUUCAUGUAAUUCUAACUUCGAGAUCUUUAAGUGAUUUUAGCGGAGAAAAUUUCGAUUCGGGUUUAAUUUUCUUUGAGAUUUGAUUUAUUUUUUAGAGUAUAAUUUGUUUUUCUUUUUUUUCGGGUAUUUUGGUAAGAAAAUGGGAAAAAAAAUGGGUCGUUGGCUUUGUUAAUUGGCGGGCCGGCUUAGGUAAUGUUGGUGGGGUGGGUGAAGAGAAGAAAAGUCGCCGUUUGUAUUCUUUUUUUUAGUUUGAUUUAUCAAAGUUUGUAUUAAAAAAUAAUACUGUAAUUCUUUUACUAUAUUGAAUAGAAAAAUAUAUAUGAGUCUAUUGGUGAAAAUAA